CCAUACCUCCACCUCCGUAACCAGAAUAGAAGUUUGGUAGAUCGUGUGAUGAAACAUUUAUACCAACUGGCGGUAUGAUCAUCAUCUUUCAUCAGUUUCAUUUCCCCUUCGAGCCUCUCAAUCCCUGGCUACAACACGUCCGUGGGUUUCUGGCAUCAAUCGAGCGUUUUAAGUGGUGGCCUUUUUUGUAUUGUAUGAAUCUCUGAUGCUGGACCCAACCUGGAAAGAUACGGAACGGUAUCUUCAACGUGUGUGUCCUUGAUUCAGAGCUACCUGCUUUGGUACUUUCCCCGCUUGGAUUUCACUACCCGCUUGAACCGAGCAAGGUCCGUCCAGGGGCGCAUUCAUAUUCCUUGAUUUUCCAAUUACUUGACAUUACUUGGUGGCUGCUAUUCCUUGAUUUUUAUUUACUUUUGUGGUUACAGUAGCAAUUUCUUUGCUCUAACGUCGUGGAUGUUUUUUGAGGUUGGCUUCGUGUCAACUCUGCAAGUCUCUUCAGAAGUGGUCACAAACCUCCACAUGCAGCGGCUGGGCAUGAGUGCAGUACAGCAGCCUGUACCCAGUGCUGCUCACAUGCUGCCAGGAACGUAAGAUUCUCAAGUGGCGGUGCAGUUGCAGUUCAAGCAUAUGUUUUUCGUCGGUCCGCAAGGACAAUGGAAUUAUACUCCUAACAACGGAUCCAGUACAGUAUUGUACGAUGCCAAACUCGCACUUCAUCGGCUACCGAGAAGUUGGACAACAUGUACACGGAUUCUAUACUAUACACAAUCCUGUACAGUUCUUUGCGCUUUAGAUUUCAUGUACAUUGUACACUUCCUACCAUGUUUCCGUUCACAAAGUGCUACGAGUAUUUUGGGCUUGAUCUCUGCAUCUGUCUUAGGUCCCAUGACAUGUACGUUUCUCGAAGGACGGAAAGGGUAGUCUUUCUCAUGUUCAGAUAAAGUUCAAACUGUUGCAGUUUUCCACUACAUCUUGCAGGUAUCACAAGAUCCAAGUUACAUCCUGAUGGCGCUGCUCGAAACUUCCACCUACUGCCACUGAUGGAAACAGGUUGAAAAACACAAGUACUGUACACUAGCGAUGGUGUGGGGCUCCUCGAGUGAUAAGGUUCUUUUGUUUUCCUCUGGAGACGAGUCCAAGUCAGAAAUCUUGCAGUGAGGGUGAAGGGAAAAAUAAUGGGCACCCUUUAAUCAGAAGCUAGACAACGAAAUAAUGGUUACAGAUUUCACAUACCACUUUCGGACUCCAACAAAGAGAGCAUGUGCGUAAUACGAAACAAUUCAUAUAUAAUUCUAGACUUAUGUAGUAAUUUUUUUUAAAAAGAAGAAAGACGAGGUAGGGUGCAUUUCAAGAGAUUUCAAUGAAAGUAGUCGAAUACUAAAAGCCUACUCUGAAUUUAGAGUAAAUAUUAUGAGGCUCACACUCUAGUUUUCUUGUCGGAUUAAGUAUCUUAUUACAUUUUCAGUUCUGCUGAAUUGCGUUAAGAAUUUUCUAUUAACAGUUGAGGUUUUGUUUCAAAAUGAAUCUUCUUAAGUCAAAUAAGAAAUUAGGAUAAGUUUUAGAGAAAGUUAAUAUCGAUUCAUAAUUUAAUAUACGAUUCUAAUAGACCUCAAAC